AUGGACGCCAUAACAGGCCUACUGGACCGAAAUAUUUGGAGGCGUGAAACCCUCGUUAAGGGAGUGGGUCCAGGUGGUCUGCUGGGUGAGGUCGUCUACAUAACUCCCUGUGGAAAACAAUUGUGGAACUUGGACAGCGUUCGCGAGGGUUUACCCUGCAGUUUGUGCGGCUUUCAGAUGUGCGUUGACAAGCCUGCCUACGCACGCACAAUACGACCAAUAGAUUCAUUCUUUGUGGUCGAUUUGGCCGUCCCCAUAGAAUUGGAGAAGUUGAGGGAAUUCUUCUUACAACUUGUCAAGGACCAACGUCGGCUGGAGGAUGAAAAAGAGGCUCAAUUAAAAAAAAACCGACGGACGCAACUAGAAAAACUGAAGGAACAGCGAAUUGAGAAAUUGAUCCAGGCAGAAAUGAAACGACCGGUGGAAGACCUUCGUCUUUUAAACCAGGAAGUGAGCCUCUGGGUUAAUCCUUUGAACGGCCAGAUGUCAGAUAUCUUUGUGUCCUCGUUAUUGCGUUCUUUCUUCUCACUUAAUAUUGUACAUUUCAAUAUCGGACACAACACUGUCUUUAAGCUCCGUAGGAAUCAUGCCUAG